GGAUGGCACUGGCCGUGGCACUGGCCCUGGCACUGCUGGCUGCCGGAGCCGUGGCCCCAGGGCAGGAGCGGCUGCUGAACGUCUGCAUGGAUGCCAAACACCACAAACGCGAGCCUGGCCCCGAGGGGCAGCUCUACGAGCAGUGCUCCCCCUGGAAGGACAACGCCUGCUGCACGGCCAACACCAGUGCAGAGGCGCACAGGGAGCGCUCCUUGCUCUACAACUUCAACUGGAGGCACUGCGGGGCGAUGCCGCCCAAAUGCAAGCGCCACUUCAUCCAGGACACGUGCCUGUACGAGUGCUCCCCCAACCUGGGGCCCUGGAUCGAGCAGGCACCAACCGCUGCCCCUGGGGCUCCAUGUGCAGACCCUUCAGGCAGGUGUUCCCCCGGCCCCGGGACCUGUGUGAGAAGAUCUGGUCCGGCUCUUUCAGCUACAGCCCCGAGCGCCGCGGCAGCGGCCGCUGCAUCCCGA